GGAAGUAUGACUAUCACUGUUGUGACGCUCACUACGUUCAUUUUGUUUACCUUCCUCGUAAUGAAUUACAGUUGACUUUACGUAUAUUUGAUUAAUUUUCAUUAACUAUAAUUCAUUUGAUAUUAAUGAGUUAUUAAAGUCUCUAGAGCGUAUUUGAGGCUCAUAGCAGGCGAUAAAAAUAGUGCUUCCGGAUUAUCAGCAGGCCUGAGCUCAGCCGCACAGACACUUUUCAAAUUGCACACAUUUAUUCUUUAUUUCCUCAGGAGUUUAGUGUAUUUAUUUAUAUUGUGUAGUCAAUCAUGGCUGUUGUCAACGAAGGAGCUCUUAAAAAAAUGUUGAAGCAAUACAAAUACCGAGAUCUCACUGCCCGGGAGAUAACAAAUGUCAUCUCUCAGUACAAAGAUCUUAAACCUGUGAUGGAUGCUUACACGUUUAAUGACGGCUCCUCCAGAGACUUAAUGAGCCUUACAGGGACUUUACCUGUUAGUUAUAGAGGGAAUGUGUACAAUAUCCCCGUGUGCCUCUGGUUGUUGGACAUGUAUCCCUACAAUCCUCCUAUUUGUUUUGUGAAGCCCACCAGUGCGAUGAUGAUAAAGACUGGCAAACACAUUGAUGCCAACGGGAAGAUCUACCUGCCCUAUCUGCAUGAGUGGAAACAUACCCAUCAGUCUCAGUCAGAUCUGUAUGGGCUCAUCCAGGUGAUGAUUGUUGUGUUCAGUGAGGAGCCGCCUGUGUACUCCAGACCCACCACACAACCUCCAUACCAGACCUUCCAGGCAGCUGGACCGCCCAACCAGUCCUAUAUGCCUGGAAUGCCUACAGUAUCUACCUACGGGCCAAACCCGAACUCAUGUGGAUACCCAGGUUACCCUUAUCCAGGAGGGAAUGCUUAUCCUGCUACAGGUGGUCCAGCACACUACACUUCCCAGACCCCUGUCACGACCGUGGGUCCAAAUCGUGAUGGUACCAUCAGUGAGGACACCAUCCGAGCAUCACUGAUCUCGGCUGUGAGCGAUAAACUGCGCUGGAGAAUGAAAGAAGAGAUGGACAGAGCGCAGGCUGAGCUGGACGCUCUGAAGAGGACAGAGGAGGACUUGAAGAAAGGACACCAAAAGCUAGAGGACAUGGUGUCUCGCCUGGACCAGGAAGUGGCUGAUGUGGACAGAAACAUUGAGCUCUUGAAGAAGAAGGACGAGGAACUGAGUGAAGCUCUGGAGAAAAUGGAGAACCAGUCGGAAAACAACGACAUUGAUGACGUAAUCAUCCCCACAGCUCCACUGUACAGACAGAUCCUAAACCUGUACGCGGAGGAGAACGCCAUUGAAGACACCAUCUUUUACCUGGGAGAAGCCCUGCGUAGAGGAGUCAUCGACCUGGAGGUCUUUCUCAAGCAUGUGCGACUGCUGUCCCGCAAACAGUUCCAGCUGCGAGCACUCAUGCAGAAAGCACGGAAGACCGCUGGACUCAGUGACCUUUACUGACCCUACUGCCACCAAUACACCCCCUCCCCCCUUACACACACACACACACACACACACACACACACACACACACACUUCAGUUCUGAUCACAUGGCCCAUACUCUCUUUAAUCUACUCGCUUUUUGUGUAAAUGCAGAUCAGGUAUGAUAUUUGAAAUCUCCUGAGCAUUAGAUGUAAAGAUGUCAUCUCAUGAAAACAUGUACAGGUCAUAUUUUACCCCACAAUCAAAAGACCAAAAAAAAUAAAUAAAAAAGAAAUUAUAUUUUCAUAUUUUCCAUGAAGACAGUGAAGUGUAUUUUUAGGACCAUAAAGAUGUUUUGCAUUGUGACCUUAUUUUCAUGACAAUUUAGCACAUUUUCCAACCAAAUUUUCAAACUGGUACAGUGAUGUGUACAGACAUUUGACUUUUUUGUUGUUGUGGUUGAAUUCUCAUUAACAUUUAUGAUUGUAAUAUACAGUAAUAACGUUUACUGUAUAAGUCAGCAUAAAUUAAAAAUCCUUCAAAUACUACCACAUGUAUAAAUAAUUUAUAAAAUAUAUUUUUUCACAUUAUGAAAAUGAAAUAUACAUUUUUGCAUUACGGUAAUGACAAUGUGUCUUAAUUCAAAAUAAAUGAGCGGUUCAAAAAACAACCUUUGUUUAUACAAAAUAUUCUUAAUUUAUUUCUUUUGAUUUUGGGGUGAAAUAUGACCUGGAUAAGUGAGAUUCAGCCAUACAGUAAACAUCAUGUUCUUGCUACCACUUGAGCUUUUUGUGUUAAACUGGCAGGUGUUUGGGCUUUUGACUAUUGAUACUAGUGCUUUUAACAGUACAGAAUAACAGCUCAAAAUGUAAAAAUAAAAACAAAUCUCAAAAUGUGACGUCCAUAGAGAGUAUACAAGAAAAUGACUCUCUCUUAUGUGAUUAACAACUUUGAUAUUUGUUCAGACACUGUCACAAUUUGUUGUCAAUCUCCAUACUUUAUGAAAACAUGGAGAGCUGACCAGGACGAUGACUUCUGGUUCCGUAUUUUAGUUUUAUUAGAUUUAUUUUGCAGAGAUAUGUUUAAUAUUUAUCUAUUCUCAUCACAGUUCCAGAUUUAUUGUUUAUGUAACUGUAAAUCAUUUAGCUGUAUACAAAUAAUAGUUUGUGACUAAUAUGUUUUUAUUUUUUAAAAUACAAAAAAAAAAAAAAAGAAAAAAGCUACAAACUGUACUGUACUUUCAAUUUUGGGAAUAUACUCCAAAUGUUUAAAAAUUAAUACAAUUCUUUUACAUUUUUUGGGUAUGUUUGUUGCAUUUCAGUCAACUGUUUUAAUGCACUUUUGGGAUGUGAAUUUCAAUUUUUAAGACUUGAGUUGCUCUUUAAUUUUCAUAGGGAGACUAUACCUAAUCUGGUAAUAUUUGUUCUUAUUUGAGUCUGUAGGUUAUUAUGUCUCGAAGAUCAAUAAAACAAUAGUGACUGUUAAUUUAUAUACGGUCAGCCAUUG